AUGAAAAACGUACUCCUCAUCGGUGCUCGCGGUGCCCUUGGUCGUGCCGUGGCGAACGCCUUUGCCAAAGGCAAAUGGUCCAUCAUCAGUGUAGAUCAGGCAGCUGCUGUCCAGCGGGGCGAUGACUGCUGUGCUGUCAACCCGGCAAGCUCCAUUGAGGAACUGCAGGAGGCCUACAAGUCUGCGGUUACGGGACGCAAGGUUGACGCAGUGAUCAACGUGGCUGGCAGCUGGGCCGGCGGCUCUGUCGCGGACACCUGCACCGCUGCUUCGACAGAGCUGAUGCUGAGACAAUCGCUCUUCUCCUCUGUAGCAGCGGCGCAUGUGUUCAGUACGCAAGGUGAAAGGGAUGGGCUUCUUCUUCUCACCGGCGCAGCGGCUGCUGUGAGUCCCACUCCCGGCAUGAUUGGGUACGGCACAGCAAAGUCUGCAGUGCACUUUCUCUGUCAGUCUAUUGCGGCAGACCCAUCCGUGUUGCCGACAGAUGCGAGUGUCCUGGCUAUCCUCCCCACUAUCCUUGACACUCCCGGAAAUAGAAGUGCGAUGCCUCACGCUGACCGCUCCACGUGGACCUCGCUCGAGGACGUGGCGCAGCAGAUCGUGGAGUGGAGCAAUGGAAGUCGUCGUCCUGCUAGCGGAUCACUCGUCAAGAUCGUUACAGAAAACUCGAAGACGCGCUUCAUUGUGUAG